UUGCUCUUGUCACGUGACACCCUCUUCUUUCAUCCGUUCCUUCCUUCUGCGGGAGGAGGAGGGGGGUUAUUGUAAAUUGUCUCCAUAAUGGCGGACACAUGUGGCCAAGUACUGCUGGGAUCGGGCUUGACUGUCCUCUCCCACCCUCUUAUGUACAUCAAAGUCCUAGUGCAGGUGGGACAUGAACCCCUUCCGCCCACAUUAGGGAGGAACCUGUUCGGCCGGCAGGUCUACCAGCUGCCCGGACUCUUUGCUUACGCCAAACACAUAGUGAAGAUCGAUGGCAAGGCGGGCCUCUUUAACGGCCUGGCUCCUCGCCUCUGCGCCGGAACCAUCGGAACCAUCGUACACAGCCGAGUACUUCAGAAAUGCCAGGAGGGUAAAUACGAGAUCAUCGGCAGCAGUAACCAGAAGGAAGAGGAGGGAUCCCUGCAGCACGUAGUCAACGAGACGACCAGAGAGAUGAUCGCCCGCUCCUGUGCCACUAUCGUCACCCAUCCUUUCCAUGUAAUCACCCUGAGGUGCAUGGUCCAGUUCAUCGGCAGAGAGGCCAAAUACAGUGGCGUAUUCGAUUCCGUCUUAACGAUUUACAAAGAAGAGGGCGUCCUCGGAUUUUUCGCUGGGCUGAUUCCUCGUCUCCUUGGUGACGUGUUGUCCUUAUGGAUCUGUAACAUGCUGGCCCACCUCAUAAACACAUACGCCAUCGACGACUCCAUGAGCCACACAGGAGAGAUCAAGAACUGCUCUCAGGCCGUCACUGGGUUCUUCGCCAGUAUGCUGACGUAUCCCUUUGUGUUGGUGUCAAAUCUAAUGGCCGUCAACAACUGCGGCCUUGCAGGAGGCCUGCCCCCCUAUGCAGGAGUGUACCCCACAUGGGUGGACUGCUGGAGACACCUCAGCCUGGAGGGCAACAUGAGUCGUGGUAACAGCUUAUUCUUCAGGAAGUUGCCUGCAGGGAAGAUCUACGCCAUCGAGCAGAAGAGGUUUUUCUAACGCGGCGACAGUAGCUGUGGCAACGGCGACAGCAGCAGCAGGCGUAGUGGCGUUUCAAUCUGAGGGGUAUACUAAGAAGCCGGUUCAGGAGUAAACCAGGUUAAGUUCAGAGGUAAAUCAUCUAAUAGAAGAGCCUGGCGUCCUCAUUUGCUUAACAAAAUGAGGACUCCAGGCUCUUCCAUUAGAUGAUUUACCUCUGAACUUCACCUGGUUUACUCCUGUACCAGCUUCUUUAGUACAGCCCCCUGAUGGUGUCCGUGGGGUUCUGGCCAGGGGACGAGCUCUUAUCCUUUGUAUGCACUUGUUUACAAUAACAGACUAUUUUUGGUUGUUGUUGUUCUUUUUUUUUGUUUUUUUUUUAAAACAACAAACUGUUAAGUCUGGCCGACAACAAGUAUAAGAUAAGAUAAGACAGCAUUUUCAGCAUAAAACUCCAGCUGCUUUGAUUGGAAAUGUGAAGAGCUUUAUUUUAAUAAUAACAAUUAGAGGAUUUAUAUUGAUGACUAAUUGAAACUUGAGGGGCUUGUCACGUCAUUAGGUGGGGGAGUGGGAGGGAGGGAGCCACAGCAUCACAUAGGUGUCUAUCAAUGUGGAAGUGUCCAAUCAGAUUUGCCAUGGGGUGGGACUAGUGGGUGGAGAGCAAGUUAGCCACGCCUUUCUCCCACAAAUCGGGCUCAUGGUCGGCACGGCAACCUGACUCCCAAGGAGAAAACACGCCCACCUGACUCCUCCGAGUCCGAAUGACCUCCGUCUUCGACUUUCAGUCGGCAAUUGACCUUGAGUCAAGGUUAAAAGGUGUCCAGCCCUCCCCCUAAAGGGAAUACAUGCAUGUAGCCGUGUCCGAGGUUUAAAUGGUGUACCGUCACGUCAGAGGGUGUGAGCCGUAAUUGGCUACAAUGAUGUUAGCAUUGUGGCCCUAGAAACGGGCCCGGUGCUGACACACACACAUACACACACACAAAAUGCCCCUCUAGAGGAGGACAGACUAAAUGAUUAAAGCGGCACAAAGAGGCCCCUGUGUUGUCCAGUCCUGGCCGGCUGAGGUCUCGGCAGCAGAGGCCCUAACACUGAGCUCCUGAGUUAUCCAAAUAAACUGCAUUCUGAGGGGACCCGGCCCA